AUGAUAUGUGAACAAACACCAAUUACUCCUACAGUUAAUGAGCACAAUCCCGACAUACCCACUUCUUUUAAAUUUCAAACAACUCCGAUAACUAAACCUACGACCUACAAACGAAAUUUAUCUGAAAUUGCAACACCUUACCCAGAAGAUACACCAGAUAUUAAUAAUUCCUCAGAACCAAAAUCUUACUUUUUAACACCUGUUCCAAAAGUUCCAAAGAAAAAGUUGAAAUCGAAAGAUAAACCCUUAUUAGAAUUUCGAGAAUUGCCCCAAAAGAUAACCAAUUUAAUUGACAAUCACAAUCCCAAGUUCCUAUUCGAUAAUCAACAAUUCACUGAUAUGUUAGAGAACACUCACGGUAGUAAUGAUGCAUUAAGCAUUGGUAAAGACUAUACCCUACAUAUUCCAUCUCUUAUAGAAAUGAUACAUGAAAUACAUACCCAGGCUGAAGAUCGAAAUAUGAAAAUUAAAUAUAGGCGGCAGCUUAGACAAGAUAUAUUUGAAAAAUUGAAAGAUCGAUUUAACCGCACUGGAUCAGUGAAUUAUAAAAAACAUGAACGAACAAAAACUAGUGUCACAGAGAUAAACGAAAUGAGUGUGUUGAUGGCAGUUACAGAAAACCCACUCACAAGUAUAAGGAGUAUUUCCAAGAAACAAGAACUUAGUUACUACUUUGUUCAAAACAUUCUAUCUAAAAAAAAAGAUGCACCCAUAACAUAUUCAAAAGCACCAAGAAUUAAAUAA